AUGGCCAACCUGACGGACGACUUCAUCAACGUUUGGACCUCUGCUACUGGAGGCAACGAGUUUCACCAAGCCUGGUCUACUACAGCUGGUGCCCCGCAUGCUAACCCGGUUCUGCAAGCAGCCAACGACCUCCGAAAGCUCUACCCUGAACAUAGUCUCACCCUUACGCUCCAUGAUGUUAUACACUUCCCAUUGGCACUGUUCAGGCCUCUUCCGGAGGCACCUAUGGUCACCACCACUUAUUUUGCCCCUCUGGGUCGCCCACAAGGCAAAAUAACUGGUGUCCUCGUGGACAGACCUGAAUUCUUCGCUGCGUCUGUUGCUUGGGAUUCCUACGACUUCAUUGUCUAUGCAGUCACGUACCCCAGCGGCUUCGGCACCUCCACCUUAUUCUGCGUCUUGCAUCAAGGUCCGCAGGAGCCUGCCCGCAAACUCGUGUUAGCAGCUGGCACAUACAGUCAGUCCUUGCAUCAGGAAAUUUGGGUCUACAACCAGGGCUUUUGGCAGAAGGACCACGAGCUCUGGCGGGACAUUCAAUCGGCGAGCUGGGAUGAUGUUAUCCUUAAAGAAGAGUUCAAGACGGCUUUGAAGAAGGACAUAUACGGAUUCUUCAAGUCAGAGCCCAUUUAUAAGCGAUACGCAAUUCCUUGGAAGCGCGGCAUCAUCAUGCAUGGCCCACCGGGAAAUGGCAAAACUAUCAGCAUCAAGGUCGUCAUGAAGACUUGUGAAGACCUCGGCUUUGCUCCUCUAUAUGUCAAAUCCUUCCAAAGCUGGAUGGGUGAGGAAGCUGCGAUGCUAGAUGUGUUUUCUAAGGCUCGCCAACUAUCCCCAUGUGUGGUCGUACUUGAAGAUUUGGAUGCGCUAAUCAACGACCGCAAUCGGUCCUUCUUCCUUAACCAACUCGAUGGAUUGCAAGGCAACGACGGGUUACUUGUCGUUGGAACAACAAACCAUUUCGACCGCCUUGAUCCUGGGCUGAGCACCCGUCCUAGUCGUUUCGAUCGCAAAUAUCUUUUUGAUGACCCCAGCCGGGAUGAGCGCGCCCUUUAUGCUAAAUACUGGCAAGGGAAACUCAAGGACAAUGAGGAAAUUGACUUCCCUGACUCUUUGGUCAACGAGGUGGCCGAUUCGACCAGCAAAUUCAGUUUCGCAUAUCUCAAAGAAGUCUUUGUAUCGUCGUUGGUCACCCUGGCCGGAUAUGAGGGUGAGGACAAGCCUACGUUCGCGCAAAUGCUGUCCCAGACAAUCAAGACGCUUCGCAAGCAGCUAGAUAAGAUGGUGAUAUCGGCCAAGGUCUCCACCGAGUCUUCUGCCCAGAAGCAGGACUUCCGUCCUCUGUUUGAUUCACUUUCUGGACCCUCAUUCAUGCCCACCUUGAAUGAAACGGCAGCCUCAGGAACAGAGCUCGACUUCCGCCUCACUUUCGAUAGACUCUCCUUGAAUCGUCGGAACGAUGUGGUGUUGAAUGAGCUUGCAAGGAGGGCUGCUGAGAGCCGUCUGGAUUAG